AUGGGCUAUAAAGACAAGGCCCAUCAGGGGGAUGUUGGGUUUUAUGGGUUUAAAAAGAUGUCCAUCAAGGAAGUUGGUCCUUCAAAAGUGGGCCUUUUUGUCUCUAAAAGGCCUGAUUAUUUUAAGAAAAUAAUAGCCGAAACCCAGUACUUAAAUGUUUUGGUUCCUAAGCCUAACUCAACACAUAGGGCUGUUCUCUCUAUUUCUCAAGAAGUUGAGAUCGACGACAAGUUUGAAGGCAAUGACGAAGAAGAAAGCGGGGAAGUGGAGGAAGGUUUUUUUGAUGUGAACGACAUAGGAUUGUACUUAGAAGGCAAUGAUGUUUCUACCAAUUGUGGUGAUGGAGCAUCUGAUUGCUGCGAUGUGGGAAAGGAUACAAAAUUCAUUACGGAUGAGGCAAUCUAUGUUAUCGGCGAUUUGUUUGAUGCAAACAUUGAAAGGAGUAUUAAUCUUGUUGAUGAAGUUGACAAUAAAUGUGGAUUAAGUGGUGAUGAGGAUUUUCCUGUUAUAUUUGGUAAUCCCUCCAUCUGUUUAGGGAAGGAAAACCAUUUUCUGUCUACUGAUCUUGGGCCUACGAGGGAGGAUGGGUUAUCUCUUGAAAAGUGUUUGGCCUUCAGAUUUAGGGAAUGUCCAGUGUUAAUUCUAAAGGUUGAAUCGAAAUUGGUUUCCAGUGAGUUUCCCUUGUGUUUUAAUAUCGAAAAGGCCAUGACUAAUUUUGUUCCAGGGGAAGGACCAAAGGAGGAAGAACAACAACCCAGUUAUUUGAAAAGGGGAGUUAAUGAUCGGGGAAGGGUUGCAAAUGAUGUUGAAACAGAACAAAUUGUUCUUGAUGAAGAGGCUGGGUCAUGCAAGGGGAAAAUGAGUUCCGUAGUACAAAUGAGGGGUUCAAUCCCACUUUUCUGGUCACAAGAAGCUUCGAGAUUCAGUCCUAAACCUGAUAUAAUCUUGCAAAGAUAUGAUCCUACUUAUGAGGCAACUAAACUGCAUUUUGAAGACCUGGCGAAGAGAUAUGGCGAUCCAAUAAUUGUGCUUAAUCUCAUAAAGACCUUCGAGAAAAGGCCACGAGAAAUGAUGCUAAGGCGAGAGUUUGCUAAUGCAGUCGGGUAUCUAAACCAGAUUCUCUCAGAAGAAAAUCAUCUCAAAUUUAUUCAUUGGGACUUUCACAAGUUUGCAAAGAGCAAGUCUGCCAAUGUUUUGGCAGUUUUAGGUGGUGUGGCAAGCGAGGCACUUGAUUUGACAGGUUUUUAUUAUAGUGGAAAGCCAAAUGUUGUUAAAAGACGAGCUGCCCAACUUAGUCGAACGAGCACUGGCAGGGAUGCUUCUCUUAGAGAUCUGAGAGCUAAUUCCGGGGAUCUCUCGAGGAUUGGAAGUAGUAAUGAUACUUUACAUUCCUUAACAAAACAAGAGAGAAAGUCCGAUCGCAAUCAACUGGUUAGGAAAGAUAAUGCAGCACCGCGGUUUCAAAGUGGAGUUCUGCGGACUAAUUGCAUUGACUGCUUGGAUCGUACAAAUGUUGCUCAAUAUGCUUAUGGACUGGCAGCUUUAGGUCGCCAACUCCAUGCAAUGGGUUUGACAGAUAAGCCCAAAUUAGAUGCUGAGAGUAGCAUUGCUGCAGCUCUGAUGGAGAUGUACCAGAGUAUGGGUGAUGCUCUUGCCCAGCAGUAUGGUGGCUCUGCAGCUCACAAUACUGUGUUCCCAGAGAGGCAGGGAAAGUGGAAAGCUACAACCCAGUCUAGGGAAUUUUUGAAGUCUAUCAAGCGAUACUACAGCAAUGCUUAUACUGAUGGAGAAAAACAAGAUGCAAUAAAUUUAUUUUUGGGUUACUUCCAACCAGAGGAUGGAAAACCUGCACUAUGGGAGUUGGAUUCUGAUUAUUACCUUCACGUAUCUGGAAUCGGAGAUGACCUCAUCCCAGAGAAGAGUGGCCUGGUUGAUAUUAGGCCUGUAGGAGGUGGAACUACCCUUGCCCCUAUUCCUGCAUGCCGAGAGGAUUUCUUGCGGAUGAAGUUCACACCACUUGAUAAAUUAAUAGAGAGAACAUGCAGUUCAAUAAGGAAUGUAAGGCUUUACAGUGAACUCGAUCAAAAAACCGGCAAUUCUGGAGUUGCACCUGAUGCAGCGUAA